ACAAUCCUCCGCCAAAUUCACCGAUCCCCAAAAAUAAACCUAAAAAUAAAAAAUAAAAAAUGAAAAAAAUAAUGGCUUAUAUUAACAAACACUUCCAUCUUCCAAUCCCAAUUCUGCUUCUCCUUGCUCUGUUUUCUCCCAUCCUGAGUGUUGAAUCCCACUCCCUCUCCGGCUCGAAGCUUGCCGAAUCCGUCUGUCGGAAGAGCUCCAACUAUGCCUCAUGCAUCAAAACCCUUGAAUCCGACCCGAAAAUGGCAGGGGCAGGGGACGUCAAGUCCCUUGCCACGAUCGCCAUGGACCAUGCGAAAAAGCAGUCGGUGAUGCUGACCAAUAUGUUCAAUGAAAUGGAGAGGAAACACGGCACGAGCCAGAAGAUUCAGGAUGCGCUCAAGAUGUGUGCCUUCGAUUUCAAGGAUGCAAAGAUCUUCUUCAACCCUCGAGGGCUUGGGGACAUGACCAUGAGCCUGGACAUCCACUCAGCGUUGGACAAUUACCAGAAUUGCAAGAGUUUGAUGAAGCGGAAUGCGGAUUUCCAGAAGGUGGCCCCCGAGCUGCGAAAAUGGAGGCAUUUGUACAUGAUCGUCAAUGGGGCAAUUUUGCAAGCAGAGGAUGAUUCGGGCGGUGAAUCUGAUGAUAUCGGUGACAGCACUGUCGACGGCAGCAGCGGGGGAGGCGGAGGAGGAGGAGGGGGAGGAGGAGGAGGAGGUGGCGGAGGUGGAGGAGGUGGUGGAGGCGGUGGUGGUGGAGGCGGUGGUGGUGGAGGCGGCGGCGGAGGAGGAGGAGGAGGCGGAGGAGGUGGCGGAGGGGGAGGCAACAAUGGCGGUAUCGGGCUUCCUCCUUUAGAUUUACCGUGAAGGAAUUUGUAAAUUCCGUAAAAUAUUUUAUGACUUUAUGUAUACGAUUUAUUUAUUUAAUAAUGUAUAUAGAUUUAUUUGUAUGUGGGAGAAGAAAAUGCACGAAAAAUAAAGAACUAAAUAUCAUGUUUCCCAUUAUAGAAAAGUGAAUAGGAAAAUCAUGUUUCUGUUCUUUCUCUGAUUAAUAUUUAAUGUCUACACUACUUAACAAAUAAAUAUAUCCUACUAGACAAUAAUUUACGAACUAAUGGCAUAUUCGAUUUCUUACUUUGUUUUUUUAUGUAACUCAAAACUGAAAAAGACUCUUUCAACACUUGUUACCCAGCCACUUUGUGUAAUUGUUUGGUCUUGAAAUAGUUAAGGAUAAGGAAUAUCGUUUUUACGAUUAUAUAGUAUUUAAAAUAGAAAAAGAAAAGAGUCGGAACCUAAUGGAGAAUAGUCCAAUAAUAAUGUGUCCUAUGUUUGAAUUACACAGUGAUACGAGCAAAAGGAUCAACUUGUAGCUAUCAAAGUCGCGCAGUUUCGAUCUCAAAUCAAAACAGAUUAGGGGUUGGAUAAGGCGGAUUGAAGUGCAAUCUCACACCUGGGAGAAGGCUUUAUCAAUAUAAGGGUAGAAGCUCCACCACAAUCAAGGGCACAACUCAAUUGAUACAAAGCACACUCAAGUAAUUGGAAUCCACCAACAACAAGAGCAAAUUCACAAGCAAGAAGCUCAAUGAACAAAAAAGGGGUUUAUUUUAUCAAAUUAUGUCACAAAACUCGAGUUUAAGCCUUUAUAUAGGCCAAUGAAACAAAAACUAAGCAAAAAACGAAAAGGAAAAGAGUCUUAAACACAGGCAAUUUUAGCUCGUCAGCACCAGAUCCUCGGUCGCCCAUCUCCAAUCCCCAAUUGAGGGGAUUCUUCUACUCAUGACGGGGGGUCUCUCUGAUCCCAUUUCCCGAUCGUGCAGCUGGUGAUCCCCGGUUGGGGAUUCGACUCCCGUGGCCGCAUAAUUGGCCUUUGUCAACACUUCUUGCUCCUGCGACGCGCCUCCAUCUCCAAGCUUCAUUGGGAAUGGUUUUGGGGCUCUUGAGCCUCACAUCACACAGACUACCAUUUAUAUUUUUGUCUAAUCAUUAGAAAACUAUUGUCGAGAGUAGGAUAAUUGUGUUUUUAAAUUUUAAGAGUGUCACGAACUACCAAUUUUUUUAUCCAUAGGAAACUUCAAUCAGGGGUUGGAUAAUUGUUUCUCCAAAUUUUAGGAGUGUCCCGAGACACCCGUAAAACUCCAUGUAUCCGCCCGUAACAACAAGUGUUUAUCUUUGAUUUCUAUUUAACCCAGUUCAUCGACAAUAGUUUGUAGGAGCAAAAAGAAAGGACUUCAUCGGCGAUUUGAUUUGGCACCGGAAGGCGAUACUAUGACUAGCUGAAGGGGGACUUUUCCCUUGGGUCUCUAAUUCAACUCAGUUCUUCAGGAGAUUUGCGAACUUCCAUAUAUAAUUCACGCUCCAGUAAAUAAUAUUCCGCAAAUUAUAAGCACUCUACGACAAAAGCACAUUUUCACGCUCCAAUUCGAGAGCAUUGAUGGUCGCCCCCAUGAAUUGGGUGACCUAAGUUUGAUCACUUUAUUGAAGUGAUUUUUUUAAAGUUACAAGCAAACCAAAAAUUUCUAUAAGAAAAUUAGAGAAGCAUCUUCUAUAACAUAAAGAUUGAAAGAAAGAGCUUCUGAGAAAUAUUAUUUUGAAAAUAAAAUUUAAUCCUUUUCUUUUUCUAUUUUUAUAAAUAAAAGUAUAAGAAAAUUUAUUUUAAGUA